AUGUCAAAGCUGCACUCAGACGCAGCCUUUGCCGACUUCUUAGGCCCGGAGCUGGUUUCAGGCCUUCGUGCGGUGGAGAUCUAUGCCCCGAAUGCAAUUCAGGCAAAUGCCAUACCGCUGGCACUUAGUGGCCGUGAUCUCAUCGUGUGUGCACAGACUGGGUCUGGCAAGACUCUCACCUUCCUUUUGCCAAUUCUGCAUCAGCUGACAAGCGGGAGAAGUUCGCAGCGUGGAAAUCAUGCCUUGAUUCUAGCUCCCACAGAGCAGCUGUCUCUGCAAGUGGUGGCACUGGCCUCAAAAUUAGUGGCAUCCCUCAGCUCCCCAGUUGAACUCAGAUGCAUGGAUGACAGCAUCCAGACCAGAAGCUCAGCCUCAGCCCCGCAGCUGUGGGUUGGCACCCCGAAGUGGCUAAGUGAGAAUCUCAGCUUCGAUCUCAAGAACGUGGCAAUGAUGGCCAUCGAUGAAGCCGACCUCCUGCUCUGUGUGCCCUCAGCAAUUGCAGGCGGUGAAGAUCUUCUUCGCGAGCAGCGAGAGAAGACCGAAGAACUCUUGACGGCAGCGGUGGGAGCCCAACUUUUCCUCGCCAUGGCUCACCUGAGCAACGAACGGGAAGAGGAGCUGCAAAAACGCUUCCCCGAAGCUCAGAUGGUGGGACAUACUGGGGUCAUGGUACCCACCUUGAGACAGUGCUUCCACUACUUCAAAGGAGACAAAGAUGCCAAGCUUUUCUGGGUGCUUUCCGAGGCAGAAAAGGAAGAUACCGAGCCCUCAGCAGGUUCCACCAUGAUUUUCUGCUCUUUGCCGAGCACAGCUGACCGGCUCCAGGGAGCUCUUGCUGAGAGGAAGCCAAACAGUCGGCCCUUUGCGCUCCACGAAAACACACCCGCGCAAGACAAGGCCAGAAUUGCCAGCGAGUUUAGGCAGGGUGGCUGUGAGAUAUUGCUUACUACGGACAUGGCCGCCAGAGGCCUAGAUUUUCCGAGAGUACGCCAUGUCGUGCUCUUCGAUGCACCUGUUGAUGCCACUGCUUUUGUGCACAGCGCUGGCCGUACGGCCAGGCGCGGAAGCACGGGACUUGUCACAUGUAUCAUUGAAGGUGGUGAUGCAGCUCGUGAACACAUCGAUGGGAAGAUUUUUCAUGCAUUGCGGGACGGCCCUCAGCUCACCUUCGCAAAAAACGGAGGUCAAGUAGCCGUGGAGCCUCAGCCAAGCCAUCCUGGCCAAAAGGAGCCUAAGGGUCGCCGCCAACGCGGUUACGCCAAAUCCGCGCAGCA